AUGAGUGAAGCAUACAUAAAAAGUAUCGAUGCGUUUGCUGAUUCUGGAAAUAAAGCAUAUGCAGCUGCUCGACAAAGGGCCGCCGAACUGAAGGAAUUAGCAACAUACAUGCGUGAAGUGAAUCGACGACACUCUGAAACGAUCGAAAAGUUUAGUUCCUUAAUGGAUAUGAUCAACCAAUACGGACAUAAUGAAAAAGCGAAAUUGAAGCGAUUUCGUGCUGAGUAUGAAAAACGGGAGAAAUCAAUGAAGAAAUGUCUUCGAAAGAAUAAACAGGAUCCUUCUGAGCCACUCUCAAAAUUCUACGUCGAUGAGAGGAAUGUGGCUCUACGACAACAACAUCAACGAUAUAAGCAGCACAAUGGCUACGGUUACGAGGACGGUUACGUUGAACCAAGUGAAUAUAACGAACAAAAUGAAUCAUUUGAAAAUGCUGCUGUUGAUCAAACGAAUCGUUCACACGAGCACACAACAUCAACACAUGAUGAUAGUAGCGAAGCUAUUCAGUAUCAUGACGACCAUGAAUCAUUUCUGAAUGAAAAUUUCACACUAAAACCAGCUCCCACCUCUCAACCAGAUGCUCAGUCAGAUUUCUUAGCACCACCCGAAGAGCAACCUCUCACUUCACCACCAUCACCACGACAAAAAGACCAACUUGUAUCAGCUGAUGUACAAAUGCGACAUCGAGAUGCCGAACAACGAACGAACACCGUCGAGAAAGCAACACUUACAACUGACAGAUCAAAUGCAUUUACAAACAAGAGCAAUGCGUUGGAUCAACAGGUAAUAAGCUACCGAGAUGUGGCCACAACAACUGAACCGUAUGAGAACUAUACGCGAGAGUAUGAUGCGCGGAUGCACCGAGCUAAACGUCCAUCUUCAUACAUGGAAGAGAAUCUGCAAAGGGGGCCGAUAGCAGCCGUUCGAAGAAGUUUCAGAGAGCAAACAUCAUCACAGUCGAUGACAGCUCUGAAUGAAUCACUGAAAGAUGAUGCUCAUAUGAAUGAUUACAUCGAUGAAGGAAAAGAUCGGAGACAAGAACCGACCAAGGACAGUGAAGUGAUGUUCCGUGCUUCACAACUGAAUGCAGUGCCGACAGCAUUCGUGCAAGCACCUUUCAUGACGUCUGAUUACGGCAAAACCUUGGUAUGCAUCCACAAUUUCCAUGGACAAACGGCUGAUCAGUUGAGUUUGAAAAACGGUGAAAAAGUGAUUCUGAUGAAAUGUGGCUCGAAGGGAUGGAUUUUUGCGAAACAUGUCGAUACACAACGCACUGGCUGGUUUCCAUCACGUUUCGUACGUGCCGAUACUGUCGAAAGCUCAUCAACGGAAAAUAAUUCUCCACAAAUCACUGCUGAGGAGAAAUGA